AUGCAUCCGUGCAACGGAACAGUAACGGUGCCGCCGGGAUUCCGUUUUCACCCGACGGAUGAGGAGCUCCUUCACUAUUAUCUGAGGAAGAAGGUGGCCUUUGAAGCUAUCGAUCUCGACGUCAUACGUGUUAUUGAUCUCAACAAGCUUGAGCCUUGGGAUCUCAAAGAUAAGUGUAGAAUUGGUACGGGACCUCAAAAUGAAUGGUACUUCUUCAGCCACAAGGACAAGAAAUAUCCGACGGGAACGCGGACCAACCGAGCAACCACCGCUGGAUUUUGGAAGGCCACGGGGCGGGACAAAGCUAUCCACCUCGGUGACUCGAAGAGAAUCGGCAUGAGAAAGACCCUAGUCUUCUACACAGGGAGAGCCCCUCACGGCCAGAAGACCGACUGGAUCAUGCAUGAGUACCGCCUCGACGAUGAAAGCACGGAGGUCCUGGAAGAAGGAUGGGUGGUAUGUAGGGUAUUCAAGAAGAAGAACCAUCAAAGAGGCAUCCCCCCCGAAGCGAUGCUCGAAGACGAUGAACCAAAUCUCUCGCGACCAACAAGGUCCGCGCUACUCGAUCCGAAACACAACUUCAACAUGCCGUCCGACUUCACCUUUGACGCCUCGAUGCAUCUCCCGCAACUUCUGAGCUCCGAAUCCUCGCCACUCCCGUCUUUCAUGCCUCAACAAGUCUCCAUGAACUCACUAGACAUCGAGUGCUCUCACAACCUAAUGAAGCUCACAAAUGGCGGGGCAAGUAACAGCCAUCAUCAUCUUCUUCCACAAGAGAGGUUCAACAAUGGGGAUUGGUCUAGAUUAGACAAGCUCCUAGCUUCACACCAACAGUUGGAUCAGCUCUUUAAUGGGAAGCUCAAUACUCCACCAUCUCAUCAACUGAUCAUGGAGAUGGGCUCAUCAAUGGAGAGGUUCCCUUUGCACUCUCUUGUGUGCGAGAAUGAUAACAUCAUGAAGUUCCCUAAGUAAGGUUAUUAACUACUUGAUGUUUACUUAUCUUGUUUGAGUAGGUUUCUUUAUAAUGUUU